GCCGACUAGUAGUGGUGUUGUCAAACAAUCCUUCCGUUUUUAGUCAUUUUAGUUAAAUAUGUCAUGAUUUAAAGUUUGAAAUAUUGCAGUAAGAUGGUAGGAGGGCAGGCAGUGUGGAUCACACUGGCUGUGAUCCUGUACCUGUUCACGUUCGGAAGUUUUGGUGUUGCUCUCAUCUUCUACAUUUUACUGGGAAUUGCAGGGGCUGUAGCUAUUGCUUUCUACUAUGGAAGUGAAGAGUCGUCUCAACACCUGUUGACUACUGAUAAUGUGCCCUUGUCAGCUCCUGGUAUCUCUGAGAUACAAAUGUUGAUGGAGGGAUCAUUGAAGAUUCGUAGAUUUGACAAGAGAAUCACUGGAGCUAGCGUCAUUGAUGAAGUCCUGCAGUCGGUUUUGGAGUAUACAGCGCGAGACUAUAUCAAGAACUGGUACCGUGAUAUAAGCGAUGAUGGCCAUUUCCUGCUCCAGAUACAGCAAUGUGUUCAGAAGGUCUUCAUCACAUUCUCUCAAAGAUCUAAAGACGUAGAUUGGAUGCCAUAUUUCACCCAGAGAAUGGUGGAUGACUUUGCCUCUCACAUCAGGUUAUACAUGCAAGCGCUGGACAAAUCCAAGGUGGCCAACAAGGAGGAGAGAGGCCCCCUGCUUGAGCAGAACUUUUUUGACCUUGAGGUUAAAAUGGAGAAGGAUAUAUGUCGGGAUCUAGUGUCUCUGUCCCCUCAAGACGAAAAACAGUAUUUACAAGAUCUCACAGAUGUUUUAUUGUUCCUGUUUUUACCAACAGAAGAUUAUAACAACAAACCUUUUAGAUAUAUAAUAAGAGAAGUGCUUGUAAAUGGUGUUCUAGUACCAACCAUAGACCUCCUGUGUGAUCCAGACUACAUCAACUCAUACAUAGCCUGGAUGUGCAAGGAGGGGUCGUUUACGAACGAGAUGUUCAUGUCUGUGAUAAAGUACAAUGACAACAUCGAGGAGCUGGUUUCCAUUGUUGAGAAGAUUGACUGUGAUAUUGCCAAGUGGCGCUCAAAAGAUACAGGUGGGACUAAUGACACGCAAAUCAAGCAGAACCUGAACAGCUUGCUGUUUGUGAAGAAGCAGUGUGAGGAGAAGAUAUCCCGUCUCCAGCAGGGCAUUGAUGAUACAGAGUUUGCUCCUGAUGUGCCGGAGCACAUGCGAAGUGGCACUCAACAAUUUAUGCUCAGCUUAGAUGACAUCAUCAGUAACAACAUUGCACUAGCAGCAUUUAUAGAGUUUAUGACAAAUAUAGGCGGAGAGUAUCUCCUGUUCUUCUAUUUAAACAUCGAGGGAUUCCGUGCAGCAGCAGAACAGCAGCUUGAGGUUGUCAAUAACCAUGGCAACAAGGACGGGAAGGAUUUGGAGCCGCUGCGUAAACAAGUCAACAUUAUAUAUAACCAGUACCUGUCAGAUAAGGCCACGUCGCGUGUCCGUGUAGAACCUGCAAUUCUGAAGCGCUGUGCAGCAAAGAUCAAGAGCAAGCAGAUGCAGGGGGAUGUGUUCGACGAGGUCCAGGCACGGGUGUACCAGAUGUUACACGGUGAACAGUAUUACCACGCAUUUAUCCAGAGCCAAGCGUACAUGAAGGUUCUAGAUGACCUCGGCUUUGAUAACAAGAAUGAGGAUUCCGACACACUCAGUAUUGAUGACAGUGUGUCCAUGCAGGCUCUGGAUGUUAAUGAGGACAAUGGUGGGGAUUCAAGUGACACUGCCUCCCUGUAUACAGACUCCACGAGGUCCAACUCCCCGUGCAAGGCCCUCGACUACAGCAUUACAGCGCAGAUCUCACAGACUGGCAUUAUUACAGAGUCUGAGAAGACAGGGAAAUCGUACGCGGUGUUCUCUAUCCGUGUGACGAAAAGUGUAGAAGAUGAAGAGGAAAUAUUUGACGUGUACAGGAGAUACAGCGAUUUCCACGACCUUCAGAUGAUCAUGACUGAAAAACUUCCAACCUUUUAUGGACCAUCCCUACCUCCAAAAUCUCUUCUGAAGAGCACAAACAAGGACUUCCUUGAAAAACGACGAAAAGCUCUCGACAAUUAUCUUCAGACGUUGCUUUCACCCAAGCUGUGGGAACAGCAUCCUGGUGUUCGUGAAUUUGUGUUGAAGUUUCUUUCUAAGGGCAUCUGGGAGCGACACAAAAGUGAACUCGCUAGAAAGAUGGACACAAUAGUCAACCCUCUGAAGACAGUGGGCAACGCUGUGAUAAACCAGACAGAGAACAUCAAACAUCUCUCCUCCGACGGCUUCAGUAAACUCAGAGGGAACUCGCUCAACAAAGGCCACUCAAAAUCUACACUUCAGGGAACAAAAGUAGCUGCUGGGCUGGACCCAGAGAUUAAUGAGAAUAUUCCUCUGCGCAUCCUGCUGCUGUUGAUGGAUGAGGUCUUUGACCUACGACACAAAAACCAGUGGCUGAGGCGGCAAAUUUCACGAGUCUUGAAACAACUAAUAAAAUCACUUCUAGGGGACAGGAUGAAUAAGAAGAUAGUAGAGCAUGUAGACUUGAUGACCUCUGCAGACCAGGUGGCCGUGUACAUCAAGACUUUCAGGGAAUCAUUCUGGCCGGAGGGGGUUCUAGCUGAGCCCAGACCUGAGCGGAACCAUCUUGAGAAGAUGCGAACAAGGGUUGUGUGUAAAACGAAGAUGCACGGAAGCAUUCCAGAUGAGUUACGUCACUUCCUGGGCAGCGACACAGUGAGAAUCGGAACCAGUCGCGUGUUUGACAUGUUCCAAUAUCGCAGUCUCAAUCGACGUCUAGUGUACGUCGUCCUCGAGGGUGUUAUUGAAACGCUGUUCCCUCAGAAUCGGUUUAAUGAAAUGUUCAGGAAAAUGCAUUCCCAGUCUUCAAGGUUAAAAGUGCGGAUGGACGAUAGUUACGGGUCUCCUAGUUUGCGGAAAUCUUGAUGAAGUGUGCAUAGAUUUAGAGUAUUUAUUCAGUUUUAAUUUAUUUAAGUCUUUGUGCAGAUAAACUACUGUUUUAAUUAUAUGAAAACUGUUCUAGGGAAAAUCUGCCGAAUUUAAAAAAUAUUUUAUAUUUUUGAAUGAACAAAUAAUUAAUCUCCUUCAAUACUACAUUAAUAUAUGAAAUUCAUUGGAUUUACAUAGUGACCACUGGUCGAAAUUAGCACAAGCCAGUUAGCCUUUUAACUGGUCAAAAGCCCAUGAGAGCAGACAGUCUUAAUUCUGAGACUCCACUCAAGACUCAGAAAAACAUUUUUAUUAAAAGUUGUCUUUAUUCCAUUUCUUUUACAAAGAUAUAGCAAAAUGUUAAUAAAAUUUCAAAUAUUUUAACACUUCUGCAAAAUUCAUUAUUAGUACUUCCUUAAAAGUGAAGUCGCAAUGGAAUGAAGUUUUGCGGUUUUUCUGAUUGAGUCUGAACUCAGAUUUGAGACUGUUUGUUAAUAUGGCCCCUGGCUUGAAUUUGUAUGACAGAUUUAUGUAAGAGUUUGUGCGUGAUCAUCAAAUAGUUUAAAUUUGAUGACCCAGUGUUCAUGUUACAGUUUUAUCUUUUGCAAAGUCAUUUAUCUGUAAGAGUGGAGGCCUAGAUAAGUAAUCAUCCAUAUGUGUCAAAGUGACCCUGUUUUAGAUGGCCUACAUAUUCAAGGUUAUCUCACAUUGUGCAAUGAAAUAUAUUUGUUGUCAUAAUCAUAUUAUUAUAUAAUUGUAUAGCUCAUUGUUCAUAUUAUAAUGCUGAAUGCUGAUUGUACAUAGAACAAUGUAUAUAUGGAUCUUAAUUGCUCCACAGGAUUUCAACAAUGAAUUUUCAGAAAUUUUUAAUUGUUUUUUUUUUUCUCUUCAAAUUUUAAGAAAUUGUAUCAUAUAAUUGUGAAAUUAUUGUCAUUAUUUUUUUGUUUAUACCUGUAAAAUUUCCUUCUUAUAUCUUGCAUGAUAAGAUAUGGAAACUAGAAAGAAAUUAUUUUCAUAUUUCAUACUGACAGUGUGUUUUCAGUGUGUUUUCAGAUUCUAUAUCACAUUAGCCUAAUGUAGGUGCGCAAAUCUACUCCCAUGAUACUUUUUAAUAGAAAUAGGACAGAUGUUGGCAAUUUAAACGCUUUGUAAAAAAAAAAAAAAUGUAGAGAAAAUUUAUUUUUAGUAUUUUAUUUAAAAAAAAGAAAGUGAAUUUAUAUAAUAUAUAUAAAAGAUACUUCUUUAGUUCGUUGAUCUUCAUGGUUGUAUUUCUUCUUGUUGCUUAUGUAAAGAUACACCAGUUGUCAGGUCAGCGCACUGGCUUCUCACCAAGGCAACCCGGGUUCGAUACCCGGCUUGGUCGCAUGUGAGUUCGGUUAGUGGUUACCAAGCAGGACAAGUGGGUUUCCUCCGAGUACUCCCACACCACAAAACCACACUCCCACGCAACAACAUCGCAACAUGGUGCCAAUGAGAGUGACAUAGUAUAAGAUAAGGGAUAAUGUAUCACUUUCUUCACAAUUGUUGUAAAGUAUUGAAUGUUUAAACCGCACUCAACCUGUGGUCUCGUUGCACAAGCAACACAAAGUCGCACAACCCCUCAGAUCAAUUAACAUAACAUUCCCCCAGUAUAUAUUUAUAUAUCUUUGAUAAAUUGUGUUCAUCUUUAUUUAAUUGAACAUGUAAUAGUAAAAACAUAUUUUCUUAAAGAAACCAUUACUAUUUGCUGACUGCCUUUCCAUUUCGAUGGAAUUGUGAAUUAUAUAAUUCGUCAGACUUUUUCUGUAUAUGCCAGUAACUAUAUCGAGGGACAUUUUAAAUACCGAAAUAAUUGUUCUAUGUUUUUUUCCAGUUUAUACCCAUAUUUUUUUUUUAUUUUUACAUUCCAAUUACCAUGGCAGACAAAAAUGCAUUUCUUUUCAAAACUAUUUCUUACUAUUUUUUGAUAGACUUUAAAUGAGCAUGCAUUUUACAGGAAAUUUCGAGAUAUUAAAUAAUGUUGUUGUGAUUCCCUAGAUUUUUAUGAUAUUUUGUGUGUCCAACCUUGUUAAUGUGAUUGUUGUUUAUAGAUAUCCAUUAGUCCAGUUGUUAUUUCUUUUUUUGGGAAAAUCAUUUGAAAAAAUAAAAAUACCAA